AUGCCUUUCAAUAUCUUCGAAGAUAUGGAGCCGGAGGUGGCCCAGCCACAGCCACUCGACGAUUUGGUCGACUCUACCACUCACAACAGCGACACUACGUCUCAUGCCCUACGGGAGGCGGAAGUAGACGUUAAAAAUAACAACAACAACAACAGCAACACUUUCGAGCUGUCGGCCAGCACCACUAACCAUCACGCCUCGUUGAAGCGUAAGCUGGACGACUACGAAGAACCGUCCGAUCCUUCGUACGACGCAGAAGGAGAGGAUGAAAGCUUCGAGGAGCCGGAGCCGGAACUGGAAGAACCUAGCCUGACCUUCCCCCCCUUCGACACAGACGACGAGUUCGAGGGCCCAACCUUCCAAGAGUGGUGCGCCAUGGAGAGGUCCAAAGAACGGAGCAAGCGGAACGUCAAGGAUAUCCGAAAGCUUCCCGGAGACUCAGACGACAACGACGCAGCUCGCGUGCUAAACGGCAUCGUCUCCAUCAACUUCCUUGACUGGCUUUGCGAGAACCACAGCGACAUCAUUGACUCCGUCACCGACUCCUGGGGGAUCAACAAGUCCGGUCGGCUGUUCAAGUUGCCUGGUGACAAGCAGCCGGGCGGCGAGGAAGAAGAAGAGGGCGACCAUGGUGAGGAGAUUCUGUCCUUGGGGUCCCUGCCUGUUUUCCCUGACGAUCAUUACCUCAAGUUUAACUGGAUCUCGUUCAUCGCCCUCUGCCGCUGUGUUCUUAUGACGGACAAGUCUUCUCUCGACGAUGAUGAUGAGCAGCAACAACAACAAGAACUUCUUCAAGACCUCGCCACCCAAAGCCGCACUCUUUACCGGUCCGUUGACACCCAAGUCAUCGGGUUGGUCAGUGACCAAGCUGAGGCUUUGGUUCCUGUGCUGCCGGAGGCAGCUUGGGUUAUCAAUGUCUUUGAGAUUGAGAAGGUGAUGGAGGCGCUGGGGCUGAACGGGGUGCAGGAUUACUUGAGACUGGAGAUGAGCGAAAAGGGGGACAACGAAGGGAUUGCCGAGUUUUUGAUGGAGAGGUUGAGGGCGGUGGAGAAGGUGGGUGAGAUGGCGAUGGCUUUGAGGGAGGCGGUCUUGGCUCUUGAUGAGGGAGUUUUCUGA